AUGCAGGACCUAACGGAACUAUUUUUCCCAUUCGAGUUCGCUCCGGAUGUAAACAAGAGAUCGCGUCUCUUCUACGGCUUCCUAGCUCUACCAUGGGGACCGCCGAAUGUCGUUCGCAUCGCCGUCGAUGCUGCCACACAUACGAUCAAAGAUCCCAGCCAACGACACCCCAAUGUGUUGAGUCCCCAAGAUAUUCAAGAUACUCAAGACUUCGUCAGAGAUCACGUCGUCGGUGUCGAUCACACGGUCCCGGCUUCCACUCGUCGGCUAACACUUCUAGACAACAUGUUCGUGCUGGACUUUUUGCCUGAGAAGUACCUGAAUGGAGGCGCAGACAAGAGCAUUGCUAUCUUCACGGCUGGCCGGGCGAUGAAGUUUGUCCCGACUCUCGGCAAGGCACUCUCUGAGAUGGUGCUCAAGGGCGAUUCUGAGUAUAGACUCAAGGAGUUCUCGGUCGCGCGACCUGCACCUGCAGGAAAGGAAAUCAUUCAGGAAAACUGUGAGCCGGGCAAAGAGACUAACAGUAAAGUCGCUGCCAUGUCACUGUUUGAUACUGGAUGCGAGCAGGCCAAGUGUUCAUCAUACGGUAAGAGGGAAUUGGUUCAGGAGGCAUAG